AGGGCGGUGACAGCUGUCAAGUUGGUGAGGUUAUGCUAGAAUUUUAAAAAAAUUUAAAGGACAAUGUCUGGGAACGUAAACAUUUGUGAUGUCACCGAGGAAGUUAGACAAGCAAUGAAGGAAUUCCGUUUUAGAAAGGCUAAGGAUACAGCAGCCCUAAUUUUGAAGGUAGAUCGGGAGACACAGAAAAUAAUCUUGGAUGAACAAUUGGAGGAUAUUUCAAUAGAGGAUUUACAGGAAGCUUUACCUGGCCAUCAGCCUCGCUACAUUGUUUUGUCAUACAAACAAGAGCAUAACGAUGGUCGCGUUUCAUACCCACUGUGCUUUAUUUACUUUACUCCAAGAGACAGCCAUGCAGAACUACAAAUAAUGUAUGCAGGAUCUAAGAUUGCCCUACAAAAGGAAGCAGAUUUGUCAAGAGCAUUUGAAAUUCGCGAAUUAGAAGACUUGACUGAAGAAUGGUUGUUACAAAAACUUGGUAACAAUUAAAUAAUUAAUUAGUUAAAGUAGCACAGCAUUCCAUUUAAUAUUUUUAGAGAAUUUUAUACAGUUUGAAUUUGCCAAAUUUAUACAUUUUUUUUCAUAUAACAAUGUUAAGUAUAGGUUCCUGAAUAAGUACAAUUUUUGAUUAAAAUUUUGCCAUGUGUAUUUGUAAGUAGAAUAAGUUUUUACAAAAAACAAUUUA